AUGAGGCGGUGGAAGGGCGCCGUCAGCACCUUGCCGGCUAAGGAAGGGCCGCUCCUCUCUUCCUGGGCGCUCAGCCCGUCCCCGAGGCCCCUUCUGUCUCUCUUGCUGCUGCUGCUGCCACUGCAGGUCAACCUCAUCGACAGCUUCCAACAAGUAAGCGAUGUCCUGGUGAAGCAAACAAAGGGAGAGAGCCACCGACCUCUACGGCGAUUCAAGAGAAGAUGGGUUGUCACCACCUUGGAGCUGGAGGAGGAGGACCCAGGACCCUUCCCUAAACUUGUCGGCGAGCUAUUCAACAAUGUGUCUGGCAACAGGUCUCUGAUGUAUUUAAUCAGCGGGCCUGGUGUGGAUGAAUAUCCAGAGAUUGGCUUGUUCUCUAUAGAAGACCACGAGAAUGGGAAAAUAUACGUUCACCGCCCUGUUGACCGAGAGGCGACGCCAUCCUUCAUGGUUUAUUUCGAUGUUGUGGACCGCCUGACCGGAAAGGUCAUGGACAGCUCCUUGAUCUUCAACAUCAGGAUCCGCGACGUGAAUGAUCAUGGGCCCCAGUUCCCUGCCGAGGAGUUUAACAUCAGCGUGAGGGAGAACCACACGCCAGGUCGACCUAUUUUUCAGAUGUUAGCAGUUGAUUUGGAUCAAGAAAAUACUCCAAAUUCUCAAGUCCUUUACUCCCUUGUUUCUCAAACGCCGGCACGGAAAGAAAGUGGCUUCAAGAUUGACCAGAGAAGCGGAGAAAUACGGCUCUCGGGAUGCUUAGAUUACGAGACGGCCCCUAGGUUCACACUGCUCGUCAGAGCGAGGGACUGCGGGGACCCGCCGCUGUCCUCCACGGCCACGGUCCAUGUCAGCGUGCAGGAAGGCAACAACCACAGGCCCAUGUUCUCCCAGGAGGAGUACAAGGUCCAGGUCCCUGAAGGCGAAGUCACCCAGGACGUGUUGCGUCUCCCGGUCCAAGACGGCGACUCGCCAUUCACGUCGGCCUGGAGAGCAAAAUUCAGCAUAUCCAGUGGCAACGAAGAGGGGCAUUUUGACAUUGUGACUGACCCUGAGACCAACGGAGGGAUCAUAAAUGUGAUCGAGGCUCUGGAUUAUGAAACCCGCCCCACGUGGAGCCUCGUCAUCGCGGUGGAAAAUGAGGAGCCGCUCUUCUCCUGCGAGGGCGGGGAGCCUCGGAGGCCCCAGGCGGCGGCGAGCGCCACGGUGCGCGUGCAGGUGACAGACACCAACGACCCGCCGGCCUUUCACCCCCCGACCCUCCUGGUCAGCGAGGUUGACGGCGCCGGGCCCGGAACUCGGUUGGGAAGUUUCAACGCUACGGACCCAGACGGCCCCCACAGCCAGAUUAGGUAUAAGCUGGUUCACGAUCCUGCCGGCUGGGUCGCUGUGGAUGAGCGCUCGGGGGCGGUGGUCGCGAGGAAGCAGAUCGACCGAGAGUCCCCGUAUGUGAACAACAGCUACUACGUCGUCGUGGUGCAUGCUGUUGAUGACGGCCGCCCGCCGCAGACAGGGACGGGGACCCUGACGCUCUUCUUGUCCGACAUCAACGACAACGCCCCAGCCCUGCACCCCAACUCUCAGUACCUGGAGGUCUGCGAGCCCUCGGGGACCGAGCCCCUCCUCAUCGAGGCGGAGGACGGCGACCUGGAACCCUUCUCAGGCCCGUUCACCUUUGAGUUGGACGCGGCCUCGGGAAGUGCAGGCGGCGCGUGGAAACUGGGGCAAAGUCAGGGUUGGUCGGUUGAACUUUUAAUGCAGAAAAGCCUCGCCCGUGGGGAUUACUUCGUGCCGCUUUUCAUCAGAGACAGACAGGGUCUGUCCCAGAAGCAGACGGUCCACGUGCGGGUCUGUUCCUGCCCCGGCGGGUCCACGUGUGCGGCGGAGGCCCUGGGCGCAGGGCCGGAGCUCCACGUGGGCAUCCCGGUCGCUCUCUGUGCGGUGCUCCUGGUUCUGGCAGUUGCUCUGUUUUUCUUGUGGCGGCGCGGCUUGGUGCCUGGAGCCAAGAGGCACAGAUGCCCUGUCCCACGCGAGGAAGGCCAGCAGACGCUGAUCACGUACAACGACGAGAGCAGAGCCACCUCGGCCCUGGCUGUGGAGGGCAGCCCCACGCUGCCGCCGCCGGCCCAGGUGCGCCCAGCGACCGCGGUGCCCGGGCAGCCCCUGGAAGGGAGCGCGGGAGUGAUAGCGGAGAUCCUGCGGCAGAGGCUCUGCGGCCUGGGCGCACCGGCGGAGGCGUCUGGCUCCCUGCCCCACGUCUACGCGGAGGAGGGGGAGUGCGAGAGGGCGGAGACGCUGAGCUCCCUCGCCGUCUCUGAGCAGGCUCUGCCGCCGGGGCUGCUGGACUGGCUCGGCGCCGAGGCCUGA